ACCGGAAAACUCUCAACACAACACGCUCAGUACAAAAAGAGAAAAAACAAAUUUACCAUUUUGGGAAAAAAAAAUCCAGUGGGCCACUCCCCCGCACUCAUAUAUAUAAACUCCACGUCACUCGACCCAUUUCAUGUGAAUGUAGAGCCAGGGAGAGGGAGAGGGAGAGAGAGAGAGAGAGAGAGAGGAGAAGCGUUUUAGAGAGAGACAGGUUUUCGGUUUUUGAUAUCUGGAUUUUCUCGGUGUCUUUUUGGUAUGGGCUUGGAGGAACGAUUUGCAGGGCAGCACAUUGAUGGGGACAAAACUGACCAACCUUGGACUAUAUCUGUGCAUGCUUUUUCGGAUUUAACCUACAUUUCUCCUGUGGUUUUCAUAUACCUUCUGAAAGAAUGUUAUAUUCAUGGUACAUGCAAAGCAACUAGAAAGUUCCGAGCUCUACAACAACAAGUUCACCAAGUACUAUGCAAUUCUCCCCAGCCUGGACCAGCCACUUUUGUUAUUCGAUGUCUCUAUGUCUUGCCUAUCUUUGGGUUAUAUUCUGAAGGUUUUAGUCACUUGAUUAUUUCUUCUCUUCGUCGGUACCUAAAAGCAGCAGCCACCUCAACAGACUCCUCUAAAGCAAAAGAAAUUGCUACCAGGUUAAUUCUUGAAAUUGUUGGGGGCUCUGUUGACCAUGAUGAGAAGAUAGUUGUGAAGAUACUUGAAGUUUUUGAUUUAAACUUGAUAGAUAUUGACAAAUCCAUAAGCCAACUAAAGGCCCAGAAUGAUUAUAGGUUUGACACUGCAAAAACAUUUAUUGAGCAAUACAUUUUUGCAUUGAUAGAAUCACAGUCAUAUAUGACAGCAGUCUCUCUGUUAGAGCAUUUCUCUAUCCGCCAAUCUGGAGAGUCUUUUCUCCUAAAAAUGAUCGAAAACAAACAGUUCAAAGCAGCUGAGAAAUGGGCAACUUUUAUGGGGAAGCCGAUGUUAUGUCUAGUGGUCCAGGAAUAUGCCGACAGAAACAUGUUAAAGAACGCUUAUGAUACUAUAAAGAAAAAUAAUCUUCAGCAGGAUUUUCCGGAUGUGUAUCACAAGUGUAAAGAAAGCUCAUUGAAGCAGCUGGCGGAAAAAGCAUGCUGGGAUGUUGCAGAGGCAAAGACAAAGGGUGAUAAGCAACUGCUGGAGUAUCUGGUUUAUUUGGCAAUGGAAGCGGGUUACUCAGAGAAGGUUGAUGAACUGUGUGAUCGAUACUCCCUUGAAGGUUUUCUCAAACCCAGAGAACCUGAGGCUGGUAUUCCACAGAGUCGCUUUUUGCAUCUAAAAGAAUUAGUUGAAGAAGACCUAAUUUGGGUUGAUGAAGUUGAUAGUUUACGUAAUGCAACUUGCCACAUUGAAGGAUGUAAGGUUGUGGGUGUUGACUGUGAAUGGAAACCCAAUUAUGAGAAAGGCAGCAAACCAAACAAGGUUUCUAUUAUGCAAAUUUCUUCUGAUACGAAGGUUUUCAUCCUUGACUUGAUAAAGUUAUAUAAAGAUGUGCCCGAUGUUUUAGACAACUGCCUAACUCACAUUUUGCAGUCUCCUGGAAUUCUGAAACUUGGUUAUAAUUUUCAAUGUGAUAUGAAGCAACUGGCUCAUUCUUAUGGAGAGUUGGAUUGCUUCAAGCACUAUGAAAUGUUACUGGACAUUCAGAAUGUAUUCAGAGAACCUCGGGGUGGCCUGUCAGGACUUGCAAAGAAAAUACUGGGAGCAGGCUUGAACAAAAUGAGAAGGAACAGCAACUGGGAGCUACGGCCUUUGAGUCCAAAUCAGCUAGAAUAUGCUGCCCUUGAUGCUGCUGUACUCAUUCACAUAUUCCGCCAUGUUCGCGAUCACUCUCAGCCUACUAAUGUCUCAGUGGGUCAUGACAAAUUCGAGUGGAAAUCCUACAUUGUUUCACACAUGGAUAAAUCAAAGAAGUCCAAAAAAGGAUCUACGAUUAAAAAGAGAGGAGACGACGGAAUCUGAGGCCAACAACUCUUAAGUUGUCAAUCUCAUCCAUCUGUAAAUAUUUUCCUCUCAGUUUUAAGAAUUUACUUACUGGUUAAUGCUGUAGCUGUGAAUAUUAUUGCCUCUUUAUAUUGAAAAGUAGGGUUUCUUUGCAAAAUUGAGUACUGUAUUGUU